AUUUUUAUUCAGAGAGACAAAAUAUUUGUACUUACUGCAGUAUGUACAGGUGGAAGAUUUGAAUAUUUAGUUAUUGUGUAAUAACAGAAUGCAUUUGUACUUAUUGCUGUAAUAUUGCCAAUAUACUGGUAGUUUUCAGAUCUACUGUAAUAACAGCACUGUGGCAGAGUGGUAAUAUUUUUAAUGUUGUUCUAAAUUUAGUUGUAGUUUUAGUCAACCUAACUGUAAUAGUUGCUCAGCUGGUACUGAUUGUGCAGAAUAAGUACAGUAAAAUGCAGAACUAUGAGGAGUCUGUGGCGUUUCUGGGGACCUGGGGCCAGUUCCAGAGGAGAGUCUUCUUCCUGCUCUGUCUCACAAGCGUUCCAUGUGGAUACAACAUCUUAUCCGUCAUCUUCCUGCUGGCCAGCCCACCCCACCACUGCUACAUCCCCACCCAGAGCAACCUGACCCAGGACUGGAUCCAGGCCAGCAUCCCAGUACAGCAGGUGGAAGGGCAGAUGGAGAUGAGCAGUUGUAGCCGGUAUGAGCUGGAUCUGGUGCAAAACCUGUCUGCCCUCGGAACCAAACCCACACUGGAAAUGGUCCACAACCUGUCUGCACUGGGAUCAAGCCCGGAGAUCCUCCUCUUCAGUCUGAAGCAGGAGAGCUGUAAAGAUGGGUGGACCUACAGUACUGAGUACUUUCAGUCUACUGCGGUCACUGAGUUUAACCUGGUGUGUAGCGACCAGUGGAAACAGCCUCUGACUUCUCUUGUAUACUUUAUGGGAGGACUCUGUGGAUGCUUCAUAUCUGGGCAGCUCUCUGACCGGUUUGGCAGGAAGCCUGUACUGUUCAGCAGCAUUGCUAUCCUUAGCGUCUUCAGCGCCGCUGUGGCCUUCGCUCCUUCCUGGCCCAUCUUCAUGGUGCUCUUCUUCGUGAUGGGGAUGGGUCAGAUUGCCAGCUACAUAGCUGUGUUUGUUCUGGGUUCAGAGAUCCUGAAUGGUUGGACCAGAGUUUUCUUCUCCAACAUGUGCUUGCCUUUUGCCUAUGUGUUUGGUAUGAUGCUGCUCCCUGGCACUGCCCACCUGGUCAGAAACUGGAGACAUUUGUCACUGAUCAUGGCUGUGCCAGGCCUGGCCUGUAUCCCCCUCUGGUGGCUUGUUCCAGAGUCUCCUCGCUGGUUGGUUUCCCAUGGCCGUCUGCAGGAAGCAGAACUCCUGCUGAGGUCGGCAGCCCUGGAGAAUCGAGUGGAAGCACCACGUGUCGUCUUUGUGUCAGCUAGUGCUGAAAAAGCAACAAGCCAGAAGACAGAGUCCCUCGGCUUCCUGGACCUGCUGAGGACCACAAACAUUCGAAAAAUCACACUUAUGCUGUGGCUUAUGUGGUUUUCUUUGAGUGUAAGCUACUUUGGCCUGUCAUUCAACAUGUCUAGUCUCUAUGGUAACCCCUUCCUAAACUACUUCCUGGUGACGGUUGUUGAGCUCCCAGCUUACACAGCCAGCUGGUUAGCGGCACGCUAUCUUCCACGUCGUCUAUCCUUUAUCUGCUUCACCUUGCUGGGGUCCCUAGCUCUGCUCCUCAUCCAGCUCACUCUGAGCCUGCACAGUCAUCCAGCUUUCACCUUGUCCCUAGUGCUGCUGGGUAAAUUUGGCAUUCUGGCUGGCAGCUCAGUGUUGUAUAUGUUCACUGGUGAACUGUGUCCCACAGUCAUCAGGAACACAGCAAUGUCAUCCAGUGCCACAUUCUCCAGAGUGGGGUCCUCUGUUUCUCCAUACCUGCUGCAGCUAGCUGUGCUCUAUCAGUUCCUGCCGUGGAUUGUCGUGGGUUCUCUAUCACUGCUCAGUGUUGUGCUCUGUGUCUUCCUGCCUGAGACAUUCAGACAGCCGCUGCCCGACACGAUCCAGCAGAUGGCGCUGGCACAGCGGUUCAGGUGGCCAUGGGCCUCCGGGACUUCUACAAAGGAUGAUGGGAAAUCAGCUAAAGACCAGACUACUGCACCUGAGAUCAUCUGCACAACUCAUCUAUAAAGCUCCCGAACACACACAAAUGAAACGAACAAAACCAUGGAUGGACUGAAAACUGGUUAAAGAACACCUAAACAAUGUUCUAUUUGAUCAAUUUCAUUUGAUUCUAUUCUGUCAGGAUGAUGAUGUUGUUUUCUCUGUCCCUGAGGUGUCACAAUUGUGAACGCGGACCUCCAGAGCCUCUAGUGAUGCAUUCACUGACACCAUAUGAAUAGUAGCAACAGUUUAUUGUCUUUCUGUACAGCAGGAACAGAAUACUGUGCAAUGGUGAUAUAUAGCCAAAGGAAAAAAUGAAGUCAACAAAACUUUAGAAGGGACAUUUAGUAGUUUACUUUGCUUGCUGUAGAUUGAGUUUACUGUGAUUCCUCUCAAGGAUUAAAAUAUUGAUAGAAUAUUGCAUUUGAUGUGAUAUUCAGUUUUUAUUUGUGUAUAUAAAGAAUGUAUGAUUUGUUUCUUCUGGUAAAAUGAGGAUAAACAUAUGGUAUUUAUUUUGAUGUAAUGAAUAAAUUCAUAAAGCAAACUAAGAGUCAGAGUACUAACUCAUAACUGGCAUGAUUGUCUAUUUAAAUAAUAAAGAUUCUGUAUAGUUAUAA